AUGUCUUCUCGAUUACUAACAUCAGUAGAAAUUGAAUCAUCAUCAUUUUUAAAUACAAUCAAACGUAUUCAUACUGAAUAUGAUAAGUAUGAUAAUUCAACUGAAAAACUUCAAAUAUUAAGUGAUCAACUUUAUCAAAUAUGGAUGAAACCAAAAUUUGGAUCGAAUUUAACUACACGAAAUAAAGAAGGUUAUCAAAUAAUUGAAUAUCUUGAACAAUUAAUAUUAGAUAAUACAAUGAAUGAUAAUUUUUUUAUUUUAAUUAUAAAUCUAUUAAGUAAAAAUGAAAAUUUUUAUCAUCUACUUUUAAUUGAUCAUAAACGAUUUAAACAAUUGUUUAAUUUAUCUAUUCGAAAACCGAUUUAUUUAAUGCGUUAUAUCGAACUUUUGUAUUAUUAUUGCCCGUCGAAUUUAAUUUCUACUAUUGGUCUUGAUUUCUAUCGUUUUGUUGUUGAUACUCAUUUUCUUAAAUAUUUAUGUCAAACAACACGUGAUAUUGAUUGGCUUGCAGUAUUUUCUACUUUAAUUUAUCAAUUUUAUGAAAAUACAACAAAAUAUCUUUUAUCAACUGAAUAUAUUUUUCAAAAUCAAAAAGAUGCUACUAAUUAUUCAAUCUAUGUUAUUGAUACACUUCUUCAUCAUCAUUUAAAAAUAAAAAUUCUAAAAGAUUUUAUUUAUGAUGUUAAAUUAAUAAAUACAAUUAUAAAAGCCAUUACUGCUGUUUGGGAACAAAAUCCAUCAUCAGAAAAUUUUACUACAAAAGAAAUGUAA